AUGGAAAACGUCCAGCAAAGUUCCAACGGAUCUAGUUUCAACGAUUACAAUGAUAUCAAUUUGACCAUACGGAUUCUAUUUCACGGCAGAGAAGUAGGAAAUGUGAUUGGUAAAGGAGGUGAAACUGUAAAAAAUAUAAGAGACCAGUCUGGUGCGAGAGUUUUAAUCUCUGAUGGUUCAACUCCAGAACGUAUUGUGACAAUUACUGGAACUACAAAUGCAAUUUGUAAAGCUACUGAACUUAUUGGACUAAAAGUCGAAGAAUUUUUUGAGAGACAGAAUGGCGACUGGAAUGGCCCAAAAGCACCUUUGACUUUUAAACUAAUUGUACCAGCAUCUCAAUGUGGUUUCAUAAUUGGUAAAGGUGGAUGUAAAAUAAAAGAAAUUAGAGAAUCAAGUGGAGCUGCCAUACAAGUAGCAUCAGACAUGUUACCCAAUUCAACUGAACGUCUAGUUUCAAUCACUGGUACUACGGGAACAAUAUCUCAAUGUGUUUAUCAAGUGUGCAAUGUACUAUUAGAUUCGCCACCACGUAGUGCAACAAUCCCUUAUGAUCCUCGUAGCAAAACUUCAGGAUUUGCUAGUAGUGCAGUUGGUAAUGAUUUUGGAAGACAACGCACUAAUCCUUUGGCCAGUCUUGCAGCUCUUGGGUUAGGAACUGCAUCUACUGGAGGUAUCAAUCCUGCUGCCUUAGCUGCAUUGGCUGGAAGUCAGUUGAGAACAGGUAAUCGUCAAAACCGAAAUGGUGGUGGGGAACAUAAAAAUCAAAAUUCUAAUUCAAACACUGAGACAAUAUCUAUGACUGUACCUAAUGAUUUAAUUGGAUGUGUCAUUGGCAGAAGAGGGAGUAAAAUCGCAGAAAUAAGACAAAUAAGUGGUGCUUUAGUGCAUAUAGCUAAAGGUGAAGGAACUCAUGAAAAUGGUGAAAAUGAAGAUCGACAUAUUACAAUUACAGGAAACAAAGAUUCUAUUUCAGUUGCCAAGUACUUAAUUGAAAUGAGCGUGGAACUGCAGAAAGCCAAUCUUGAGGGGGCAAACUCAUCCUCUAGUCCUGACGAUGGGUCCAGCUCAACCUUGCCCACUCCUCCAACAGUGGCCGCAUCUCCUUUGUCGUCCGCCAUCCCAUUGGCUCAACUAUUUGCCAAGCCGGGUGCCAUUAAUGCCCUAUCCAGCUUAUCUGCUCUUGGCGGCCUAACCGACCUCUUGGGAGCCUUAUCUGGCGCCAAUCAAUCCCCUCCGAUACAGACCACGGGUGUCCAUCGCCCGAAAAAUUAUUUCCAGAGAAACCGCAGUCCUUCCGGCGAAAAAACCAAAGCGGACAGGACCAAGUUUGCUCCUUACUGA